GUGGCGAUCAACUUCGAGGACGAUCCCAACUUCCGCUGGCACGUGAGAGUGCUACGAGUGCGCCUGGCGGAUGGCCGCUGGGUCGGCUGGACACCGGACCUGGACGUGGUCGCGGUGAACCUCGCCGACUACAUCGCGGUGCCGAUCCCGAGGCGGGCUCCAGCACCGGCACGGGUGCGAAGGAACCUGUACGCCGCCGACGCGCUGACGGAGGACGAGCUCGCCACAGUGAAGCUGGAGGCGGACGCGCUGGGCAACGUGCUGGGCGCCGCGCCAGCCGGGCUGGGGGCCGCGCCGACCGCUGGGGCGCUGGCGGCGGAGUGGCGCUUCGCCGACACGGCGCACGAGAAGUUCGGGGAGACCGUGCCGCCGGACAUCACCAGGAACCCGCUGCGGCCCCAGGCGAGAGGGGCCACCGGUCCGGCGGAGGUCGAGGAGGGUGGCGAGACCUUCUGGACCUUCGUGGAGAAGGUCGGCGACCCGGACUUGGACGAGUGGCUGGAGGAGAAGAGGUCGGGGCUUGGGCGAGACCCCCCCGUGCUUUCGGUCCACCGCGAGGUGGGCCGAGCGAGGUACCUCUCGAUGCGCGAGGGGCUGGCGCUCAUGCAGUUCUUCGAGACGGGCAAGGCGCCGGCCGACUGGCCAUUCCCGGCGCCCGCGCCUUCGGCGAUCCGCGAGGUGCUGCUGGCGGCCAGGGCGGCCAGGGAGGAGCUCGCGGGGUUCCACGACUUCUGGGCGCGCGCGUCGGGGGUCAACCCGGACUCGCUGGUGGCGCUGAAGCACGGGGACCUGAUUGCGGUUCUCCACCACAUGCUGAGCUUCGACCAGCUGAACCUGGGCCAGCUCUCGUCGGCGGACAUGCUCGGUCGGCUCAUCCUCCAGAUACAUCAGGCGACGAAGCGCAACCCCAAGAACCCGGACUUCCGCGGGACCGACCUGAUGGCGAUGUCGACCUUGGACUCGUCCGGCGGCGCGCUGUCCGGGGAGUUCGCGCGUUGGACGGCGGAGGAGCAGAAGUCGGCCGCCUUCGCGAUGAAGCAGCAGCGCCUGCACCAGGAAGAGGAGGACAAGCGACGCGGCAACCGCACCAACGACAAGGGCGGGGCCCGCGAGAAGGACAAGGACGCGAUGUCACGCAACGUGGCCAGAGCAGCCAUGCAGUUCGCGCCGGCGCCCGCCGCGUCGAAGGAGUUCCCGCUUGGCACGCUUGCCGAGCUGCUGCAGUGCAAGUUUAUCUACGACUUGGACACCACCCAGGCGGACUACGACGCCUCGAAGCUCAGGGUCCUCGAGCGGGGCCCCUUUCCGCUGGAUGCCCUGGACGUGGCGGGGGGCGAGUGCCGCAGGUACCCCCAGGACCCCGACAACCUCAUCGCGCUGCCGCCCGACGAGCUGGCCGCGAUCGACACGCCGGUCAAGCCGCACUGGGACCAGCACUUCGCCAAGCCAGGCGCGGCCUGGCGCGAGUUCAUCCAGCGCCUCGACAAGGCGGGGCUGGUGGCUUGGAGGCUCAGGGCCCGCGCCGAGUGCGGCGCGUUCUUCGUCGGGGAGAAGGACGACGCCAUCAGGCUGGUCUUGGACUGCAGGACGACGAACCAGCUCCGCCGUCGAGCCCCCAAGUCGCACCUGGCGACGCUGGGGGCGCUUGGCAACCUCGUGCUCUCGGACGAGUGGUGCGAGCUGUCGGCGGAGGCGCUGGGGCCCCACGACGCGCUGGACGGGUUCCAGUUCAGGGUCGACUCGGUCGCCAGCUGGUUCUCCCUCGGGGAGUCGUUCACCGCGGCCGAGGCUGGCGUCACGACCGUUUACUGCGACGAGACGGGCGGCCACGUGGAGGUCGGCCCGGAGGCGGCGGCUCGGCGGGCCCUGGCGAGCCUCGGCCAGCCGACGGCCACGCUCGCCGACUGGGCCCCGCCGCCGCCCUUCUGCCGCGACUCGGUCGUCAUCGCGCCGUACGUGGACAACGGCAACAUCAUCGCCGGCCCCCCCGAGGCCGCGCGUCGCGGCUACGACGCCUUCCGCGCCGAGCUCCUGCGCCCCGGCUUCGCGCUCCACGAGGAGCUCGAGACCCGACCUGAGUUCGAGCUCGUCGGCAGGGAGAUCCGCGGCAGGAGACGCAUGCUGCUUCCCCGGCGACGGCGCAUGUGGCGGCUGCGGUUCGCGCUCGACGAGCUGCUCCUCCGCCCCGCGCUGGCGCCCACGCAGAUGCGCCGCGUGGUGGAGCACCUCGUCGACCACUUCUCGGCACGGCGGGAGCUGCUGUCCUGCCUCUGCUCCGUCUACCGUUUCAUCGGCGACGGGGCCGGCCCCGCGCGGAGGCUCGACACCGCGACCUUGGAGGAGCUCCGCGUCAUCCAGGGGCCCCUCCCGCUGGCAGCGGUCGAGCUCGGGCGGAGCAUCGCGGAGGUGGCGUUCCGCUCCGACGCCUCCGAGCAUGGGUUCGCGGCGCACCAGACGCGCGUCGGGGCCCGCCUGGGAUUCCUUCGGGCUCGACCGACGUCGAGAGCUUCAACGCGCGCUGGCCGGCGGCCCGGACGCGGUGACUUCACGGACUUCGCCCGGGAGCACCUGCUGCGGGACGUCGCCGACGCCUGGGCGCGCUUCGUGCCCGAGUGCCAGCCGCUCGUGGGGGACCCGAGGCGGCGGGAGGCUGUCAUCGUUGGCAAGUGGAGGCGGUCGGACAAGAACAAGAUCCACAACCUCGAGGCCCGGGCCGCUCCCAUGGGUUUGGAGGGGUACUGCGCCGACCCGGCCCACCACUCCACCGCCCUCCUGUCGCUCGGCGACAACAUGCCCGAGGUGCUGGCCACAGGACGGGGAGGGUCGCGCACGUGGGACCUCCUGGCGCUGGUCCGACGUGCCGGUGCAGGGCAGGCGGCCAGCAACGCCCGCUGGGCUCGGCGCCACAUCGAGACGCACCGCAACCCGAGCGACUACGGGAGCCGGCUGCCCCACCUCCAGCCUGGCGAGGUCCAGCGCGGGGCCGCCGCCCGCCAGCUCGACGCUGGGCGACCGCGGGCGGCUCUCGCGCCGACGCCCCUUGCGGCCGCCCGCCAGCGGAUCCGCCGAGAGCCGGCCGACCGCCGGCCCCUUCGCCACCAGCAGUACUUCCUCGAGCUGUUCGCGGGGUGCAUGCGGCUCACCGCUUGCGUUGCCGCGCUGGGCCUUGCCGUCGCCGCCGCGGUGGACAUCGACCUGGGGCCGCACUUCGACGUCAGCCGGGCCAGGGUCGCCGACGUCAUCAUCGACUGGAUCGACUCCGGCCUGGUGUGGGCCGUCGCUCUCGGCGCGCCGUGCACCCGCUGGAGCACCGCCAGACACGCCCGACACGAGGGCGUCGUGGGGCGGGCCGGCUUGGCCUGCGCCCGCUUUUCGGUGCGUGUGCUGGACGCGUGUGCUCGUCGUGGCGCGCGCGUGGCGGUGGGGAACCCGUGGGCUUCGCGGCUCUGGCAGUGGCAGCCCCUCACGAAGCAGCUCAGGCGUCUCAAGUGCGUGUGCUACCGGGUCGACCAGUGCGCUUACGGAGCCGCCUGGAAGAAGCCGACCGGCCUCGCCUCCAACAUCGAGAUCGGGUCGGCCGCGCGACGCUGCCCGGGCUGCCAGCGGCACGUCGCACUCCAGGGCAAGCCCCGGCGCGGGCAGCGGGCCCGGCGCCACAACGACACCGAGCCAGGGUUCCUCCGCAAGCUGGUGGCCACGGCGGCGACCCGCGAGAAGCACGAGAGGUGCUACGCCGACGCGAAGGACGACUACGCCGGCUGGGACCUCGUUCUGGCGAACUACACCGAGGGCCUCUACCGCGCGAGCGAGGCGGCGACCGCGGCGAGGCAUGCUUUCCACGGGGUCUCGUUCGUCAACGACUGGCCUCGCCGCUCGCCCGACCUGCUCCCGAAGACGCGGCUGUCGCUCCUGGCCUUCGCGAGGUCGUCGCCAGAGCGCUGCCGCGAUCCGCCCGCGAUCGAGCUGGCGCUGCUCAUGCUCGACCACUUCCUGGACCAGCGCUUCGACUGCAACCUCCGGCCGUCCGAGGGCCCCAACCUCACGGCCGGCGCCGUCGGGCGGCCUCGCCCCGGGGCGGCAGCACAAGGCUGGACCAUCAACGUGGCGCCGGCUGAGGAGGACGCCAAGCCGCCCAAGAACCGCCGUUUCGACGCCAGCGUGCUGGCGGGGGCCCACGACAGGCAGUGGGUCUGCAGGGUGCUGGAGCUGCUGGCGGGCAACCUCGAGCCGAGCAACCGUGUGUUCAGGUCGCUGCGCCUGGCCGCCUUGGAGAAGGAGUACCGAGCCGCCUCUGCCUCGCUCGGCUUCCGCGCGGCCCCUCAUGGGCUUCGACGCGCGGGGCCUUCUCACGACGCCGUCGUUCACAAGCAAAAGAUCGAAGAUGCGCAGGCACGUGGACGCCGGGCCUCCCUGGAGUCGCUCAGCGGCGUCAGCGACGACCUCCUGCACGGGGACCCUGAAGACGACCUUCAGCCGGAGGCUCCUGAGCGUGCUGCGCGAGGGGCUUGCAGCCCAGCUUAG